GUUCUUGCAAGCUUCUAUUCGUCGCCUAUCUCUUAAUCAACUCCAACGAAACGUGCGUAUGUUUGGUAAUCUUGUGUCAACUGAGGAACUUGCUUCCAACCUUGGUAAAGUCAAGGUUUUGGAUGGCUCGUGGCAUAUGCCCAAUACCAACAGAGAUCCUUAUGAGGAGUAUCUUGCCAAACAUAUCAAGACUGCUGGAUUUUUCCCUAUUGAUACUAUCAAAGAUACAUCUGUUGACCUUCCUCAUAUGCUUCCUGCACCCGAAGUAUUUGCUAAGGCUGUUGGCAAUCUUGGUAUCUCCAAUGAUGAUCAGGUGGUAGUGUACGAUACCGCAGGGAUAUUCUCUGCUUGUCGCGUGUAUUGGACCUUUAAGGCAUUUGGACAUAAUCGUGUAUCGGUAUUGAAUGGAGGUCUGCCCGCAUGGAUCAAAGAAAACAGACCUACAGAAUCUGGGAAUGUGGACAUUAAGCCUGUGGAGUUUAAAGUGAAGCCUUUGGACGAGAGUUUGGUCAGGGACUAUAAAACAGUUUUGGCCAACGCUAAACUGGCUGAAACCAAUCCUCAACAACAGAUUCAGGUCUUGGAUGCUCGUCCCAAGGCUCGCUUCACCGGAGAGGCUCCUGAGCCACGAGCAGGGCUGAGCUCUGGACACAUGCCUAAUUCUAUUAGUGUUCCAUUUAACGAAGUUAUUGAUCCUGCAAAAGGGGAGUUGCUUGAUGAUGAAUCGCUUCGUAAAUUGUUUGCUUCUAAAAACGUUGAUUUAACCAAACCUAUGAUAACCAGCUGCGGUAGCGGUAUCACUGCCUCUAUUUUAUACUUGGCCCUGGAGCGUGCUGGUGCAAAGGAUAUUGCUGUAUAUGAUGGUAGCUGGACAGAAUAUGCAGACAAGAAGGAUAGUUUAAUCAUUAAAAGCGGUUAAUAAAAUUAGCGGAGUCCUUCUGAGUUUGUCAAAGGAAUCAAUUG